AUGGAAUCUACGAAAAUACUUACAGACUACUACCAAAUGACGAAAAGAGGCUCAAUUAAUCAGAUUAUCUCAAGGAUUAAGUCUUCCUCUUAAGAAAAGCAAACCAAUUAUUUGGCAUCUUCAACUCCUUCAUCGAGGAAAGGAUCAAUUAAGUCGAUUAAAAUACAAACUCCUGCUUCAAACAUAACCAAUAAUUCUAGCAAAAAGAGAGAUAGCAAGCAAACUGCAAAGAAUACGCCUUUCACCCCAGUCAAAAUUACUCCAAAGUUUUAGUAACCAUUUAUGAUUUAGAACCUGGGAACUAUAAGAACUAGACUCAAUAGUGGAAAGCUAUAGACUCCAUUAGUGAAUCCUUAAAUAUAAACUCAGGAUAAAAAUUAACAAGGAAAAGUUCUAUAGUAAAAUAGUUUGUUUAGGAAUUCAUCGAUGAUAUUUGACUAAGGAAUCAAGUGCACCACCUAGAGGUCAGGUGAAUACUAAAUGAAGCCCACAAAUUACACUGUAUCUACAGAUGUCACUCAAAGAAAUCAUCUAUCUUAGGAUACAACCACCACGAAUAAAAGACAAGCCAACUAAAGAGAAGAUCAAUAUGCCACUACAUUUAGCGUUAUUGGAGAAAAAAGAUCGAUAAGGCAGGCUACUUAGUUGAGUGUUCCUCCAAUUUCACACGGAAUGAAGGGAGUAAAAGGACAUUGUCAAUCACAAUCUUCUCUAUUGCAAGCAGCUGAAUCUACAUACAAAAGAGCUUUCAAGACACCAGAACGAGUCUUCCUAGAGGACUAAAGAAGUGGACAAUUGAAAGUUUUCAAGCAAGUGAGAGAUGAAGAUUUAUUCCCUGGAAUCUAUAAUAAUACUCAAUUUUCACUAAUUAAUCUUAAUUUCUAUCACAAACAAAGAGAGUGCGACUAUGAAACAGAUAUUGACAGUCUGCAAAAGGCUAAAGAGAUUUUGAGAAAAGAUUUAAUGGAUGCUUUAGACUUUUUCGUUAAGAAAGAUCCCCUUAUUACUGUUGAAUCACAGUAUAUGACUAUGCACACAGAAGAGUAAGAAGUGAGUUCUCAUCAUACUCAUACACUCAAAUCUUUAGAUGUUAAAGAUAUUAAUGAUCUAAAAUCAAGACAAAAAGGCAACCUCAUCUCAGAUCAAUGGACUGUCAAAUCAGGAACAGAUUCUAACUCAAAUUACUUAUUUACAAGUGUUGAAAGAGUAGAUGACUAUACCAAAGUUGAGUAGAAGAGGAGUAAGAAGUCUAAUUUCAAGACAUUCGAUAUGUCCAAGCUAACUAAGGCUUAAUAAAUUACGAAGAAUUAAAGUAGCUCCUAAAAAUAAAAAUUAGUAGCUAGUCCUUAGAAGUAAAAGAAUUUAUCGACCAUUAUUGGAAACGAAAUCUAAAAUUCGAGAUCAAAACACACAUCAAUGAUUAAAAGUUCAAGAACUGAUAAGCACAUGAGAACUGGCUCAAACUAAACAGAUGAAGUUAAAACAGGUACAAUUAAUCGCUCUUCUGAAAGGACAUUUUCACCUUAAUCAAGAGAAUCUUCUAUUGUCAAAGAUUUAGAGUAUAUCAUAAAGAAUGGUUAUAGAAGUAAGAAAGAUGUGCUGUGGGAUAGCGUAGCGACGAAAAAUAAUCAUAUGGCAACUAAACCGUUUUAAACUGGUUUGAGAAACACUUCAAAUUUAAUGACUAAAAUAGUCAAGCACAUAACACUUGAUAUGACAAGUGCUAACAGUUCACAACGGUCAAGUUUUGCAAGAGAUUCUUCCAAUGGUUCUAGAAGCUAUAGAGAUCAGUUAGGCUAUUAAAAGAGAUAAGGUUCUUAAUUACCAAAUUUACCAAGUAAUGCUAGAACAUUGGAUGUCGCAUAACCUAAGAUUGCAUUAACAAUUCCUAAAUCAAGAGGUUUGAGAGAUCUCAAAGCUGAAAUAAUGAAGAGUAGUAAUGUUUUCAAAGGAUCUGAAAGAGCUGAAGUUUCUAGACUCCAAUUGCGCAGUUAAGAAAAUUCAAUGGUAUCAAGGGAAUCACUACUUUCACCUAAAGCUAGUUUAGGCUAAGCAAUAUAUACUCACUUCACAUAAUUGAAUGACAAAGAUGUAGACUAGCAGUUUGGAAAGCCAAAAACUAGCACUCAUGUUAACUCGAGAAGACUCAAAAUGUUUUAUACCACCCAAAUUCAACUCUGA